CAAGUGGGAAACUCGAGGAUCAUCAUCAAACGGAAAGUGAACAAGACAGUGGCGAAUUCAAAUACAUCUGAAUCGAGCAGGUGUGUAUGUAUACGCUAAAUGAUGUUGAAUUUAAUUCAUAUAUGAUAAACAAAUAUUUAAUAUCUAUUGUUACGACAAACACGCGUCACAUGUGUUAAACGUACUCGGUAACUUGACAAUACCUAACUACUUAUCUACAUAAGAUCAGCAUUAAAACACACGAUGGCUGAUUUGCAUUUAGAACUAAAUCAGUCUUUAGACUUGAGGAUAGCCCAGUUCAAAAAUGAUCCCGAUAAGAUGAGAGAAGUUAAUGAAUUUUUAAAUGAGUUAUUCGAUAAAGCACAAAAAGAAGUAGCAAGACGAAAUGGGAAGCAGAAAGGCAAACUGGAUGCCUUAGGGAUACAAAAUGGAUCUAAACGAAUUGGGGCCUGGUCCAGCCGAGCUCGUACUUCUGCCCGCACAUUCGCUACCAGGAUAUUUACAACAAUAUGCAACUGCACAAAUACCGUUCGAACCACUUUGAUCACUAGGAAUAACAAUUAAUAAAAUUGGUUGAAAAGGUUUCUACAAAAAUGGAUAGAUAGAUUUUUGGAGACAGAAAACAUAUCAUCGUAUUACGCAGUAGAAGGCCUGAGCAAAAAUAGAUAGAUAUGUACCUAGUACCUAUAGUUAAAUGGUUUUAAAUAUUUCUGUUUAUGAAUAUUUCGUUAAUCCAUUCAAUAUUUUUAAUACUAAAUGGUAAACAGUGUAAUGUAUCAUGUGACUUACAAGU